AUGAAUGGAUUUAAGAGAUUGACAUUUGACUAUGUAAACCAUGCAACAGACACGAAGCCUCUCGAUAAUGAUGAUGAUGAUUAUGCUGACUCAGAUGAUGACCUAGAGAUUGAUAUGGAGCAGAAGGAGGAGGGUUAUACCCUAACAAAAGACUAUGUUUUGACACUGCCAAAGAAUGCUAGAGUGAUGAAAGGGAGGAGGGAUUUAUUUCAGUCAUGCUACAGCUGGUAUUUUACCAAACCAGUGUUCCUGGAUUUUGUACCAGCACUUACUCUGUUCUCCGAACGUAACUGCCAACUUCCACUCAUGAAUCAGAGACAUUUGAAGCCAGGAACAGUAAGGGCUGCUUACUGUUCUAUCAACAGCUUUAUAGACUACCUGUUGUAUGCAGAACUGAUAUCAGAGGCAGUGCACAAGACGACAAAGAUGACUUUAUCAAACCUAUCAUCAGCAACUAAGAAGGCGGAGGUUUGGCGGCGUAAACAGUUAAGGAGAGACGAGAUCAACGUUCUGCCGAAGGACCCAACUGAGAUGGUUAACUUAUUUAGGAGUUCUCCCUAUGUCAUGGCAGUGCGACAGCAGUGGAAGAACGGUAAUCCUUCCGUGUGGAGAGAAAUGAGGGGGAUACUGCUAGUGGAAAUGGCCGCUAGGACUGGAACGAGGUGCGGGGAGUUCCGCAACAUGAAAUACAAACAUGUAAAGAGAACAAAACCGUUCAAAGACGAUCCAAAUAUGAGAACUUUGUUGCUAGAUGAUCACAAGACCGGAUUUCUAUACGAAGCGACCAUCCACGUCAGCUCAGAAUUGUACAAGGAACUUGCAGAAUUCUCAGCUGUCACACGCAAAUUGAUAUACGGAGAUAACAAUUCUGAUGAGUUAUACGUCUUCAAAACAUCAGAUGCUGACUUGAAGCCCAUAGCUAGCUCAUACAAUAAUCGACAAAUGGCUGAAGAGAGCCUAGAAGAAAGCUGAGAUGACUGGCCAUUAUCCAGGAUAUAUACCCUCCUUGACAAGGCAGAGAAAAGUGAUUACAACCGACGUUAGAGUGAGAAAAAGGCAUCUGGCAGAGGAUUGUGCAUCUAUGCUAUGUCAUAAAAAGAGCACAGCUGACAGACAUUAUGAUCUGGUCGAACAAGUCCAGAAGCCAAACGACGUACAGUCGGCUGUAUAACCAAGAAGAGACACAGAAGGAAAUGCAGUUCAAUGCAAGCUCUAAAGAAGAGCAGAAACAACUGACCAAGGAUAUAAAGAGACGAUGCCAAGUGGUAUUAAAAUGGCUCACAAAGGAGGACCUGAAAAAUCAUAAGAUCCAAGAAACCCACUUUGACGGCACUGACCAGAACCUAGAAGAGCUACAGGGAGCUAUAGAUGAUUUUGAAUUUUAUAGGAGGCAGGUCGACGAUGAGGAAGAUGGGGAGGUGGAGUGUAAUAGGUCCAACAAUAGUUCCA